CGGCGAGCGCGCGUCUGCUGUUUUCCAGUGACGUCACCGAGAGCAGCCCCGAGGUUGUUUACGUCAGGCAGUGUCAGUAGAAACUCCGUUGUGAUAGGGUGUGUCGCGGCCUCUCCACCUGAAGUGUUGUGUUAACGUGGGUUCGUUCACGGACUACCUCCUUCUCUCCGCGGGUUUUCUUUUCCUCAGCAUCUUGAUGAGGUCUUCUGGAAGGGAAUCCGCAGUCAAGGGGUUAAGGAAUACACGAAUCUGAAGUGUAGACUGAGCUAAACUAUUACGCGAAACGAUGAGGUUUAGUCGAGCUGUCCUACUUGCAAGAUUCGCCAACAGUCAUGAAAUAAGGCCGAGUCGGGGCCGCGCCGUGUGGAGAUGAGUGGAGUGCAUGGCAGGGGCGUGGCGCGAUCCCACGCCCGCAGCGCCUCGCAUGGCGGGAUCAUGCUCACCCGCGAUGCAGGCGGCGGGCAUGGUGGGACGAUGCCGGCGGCCGCAGCGUCGGCGGCGGCGGCGGCGGCGACGGGGGGCCCAGGAGGUGCAGGGAGGGGGCACCACCGCACCUUCUCCCACGGUUACCUGGUGGAGGGGGGGCGGGGGCACCGGCGGGUGGGCUCCAAGACCGAGUUCAUCCUCCCGGCGGGGCAUGAGGAGCGAGAGCGGGAGCGGGCGGGGUCUGGGGCGGGUCCGGGCCUGAAGAAGGGCAAGGGCCACACGCGCCAGGCCUCCUGCACCGACAGCGUCUACACCAUCAGGCAGACCAAGACCUCGCUGCUCAGAAGACUCAUGUUCUGGAAGAAGCGCCCCGAGGAAGGGAGGACGCGGCUGGUAGUGCCGAACCAUGUGGUGGCCCCUGGCGAGGCCCACCCCAACGAGGUCUUCCCCGAUAACUCCAUCUGCACCACCAAGUACACGCUGCUCUCCUUCCUGCCCAAGAACCUGUUUGAGCAAUUCCACAGGUUCGCCAACUUGUACUUCCUGUUCAUCGUGCUGCUGAACUUCGUGCCCGCCGUCAACGCCUUCGGCAAGGAGGUGGCGAUGCUGCCGCUCAUCUUCGUGCUGGGCAUCACCGCCAUCAAGGACGCCUUCGAGGACCGCCGCCGCUUCCUCUCCGACCGCCGGGUGAACAACGCCACCUGCCGCGUCUACACCAGGGACCAAGACCGCUAUGUCAAGAGGCUGUGGCGUGACGUGCGGGUGGGUGAUGUGAUCCACCUGUCCUGCAAUGAGGUCAUCCCAGCGGACAUGGUGGUCCUUAACUCCUCCGACGAGUACGGGCUCUGCUUCAUCGAGUCCUCCAACCUGGACGGCGAGAGCAACCUGAAGCAGAGGCAGAGUGUCAAGGGGCUCAACCUGGGCAUGCAAGAAGAGUUCAAAGUAUCACAGUUCAACUACUUGAUGGAGAUUGGUUCCCCGACCACCAAGAUGUACCAUUUCACGGGCACCAUUCCCCUCAACACGGGGGAGCGAGUGCCCCUCUCCAAAGACAAUCUCCUCCUCAGGGACUGCACCCUCAGGAACACAGACUACAUAGAAGGAAUAGUCGUUUAUGCUGGCCGGGAGACAAAAGCCAUGUUGAAUAAUGGAGGGACAAGAUACAAGCGGUCACGGUUAGAGCAGAGAAUGAACAUAGAGGUGAUGUGGUGUGUGGUGAUCCUCUUCCUCAUGUGCCUCAUCUCUGCCACGGGUUCUGGACUCUGGCAGGGUUACCAUCAAACAAACUCCUCGCUAGGGCUGGUGCCGUUCCUGCCUCCCCAGGAAAGUCACGCAUCGCAGGCCCGGGUGCGUCAGCUCAACAGCCCCGUCUGGGUGGGGUUCAUCAGCUUCUGGACCUUCAUUAUCAUUUACCAGGUGAUCAUUCCUAUAUCUCUGUAUGUUACUAUAGAAGUCAUCAAGCUCAUGCAGGUGUACCACAUCCACCAAGAUAAAGACUUCAAGGACAAGAAGAGUGGCAAAACUAUAGAGUGUCGAGCCCUGAACAUUCCUGAGGAGCUGGGUCAGGUCGAAUAUGUCUUCACUGACAAGACUGGAACUCUUACUGAGAACCAAAUGAUAUUUCAGCGGUGCUCUAUCAACGAUGUAGAUUACUCACACCCUCCUAUCAUUCAUCCUGAAGGCUCCUCAGAAAAACAGGGCUCAAGCCAUCUGGAUAGUUUCUCUCUUAACACACAACUACAGGAAGAUCUGUCUGCCAUAGAAGUGCCACUUAUCUAUACUCAGCCACGCCACCAUCAGCCUCCCGCACUGCUUCAAAACUCACCGCAGGAGAGGAUGAUGGAUUUCUUUCUCACGCUGGCAGCCUGCAACACGGUGGUGGUGGCCAAGCACCCCCACCAUGACCAAAUGAAUGCCAGUGGGAUGAUAGUGCCAAAUAAUAGUGCCAAUACCAGUGAGGUUGAUAAUGCCAGCUUUAGCUCCUUCCUCUCCAACUCCUGGGCUCCUGCCAGAGUGUUGAGAGAGAUGUGGCCCUUCCCACGGCCCCUGUCCCCCAUCGCCCCCUCACCCUCCAGCACCCCGCCCCGCACCCCAGAGUCCUCGCCCCGUUACUCAGAGUCUCCCUCCAUCAACAUCCACAUGAACCUAUCAUUUCUGAACCUCCUGCACUACUCGUCAAUGACCCCAUGCCAGAGCCCUGCAGAACCUCUCCUCCCCGACCCUCCCUCCUGAACAUUCAGCCAGGGCAUGGCUACCACCAAGUACACUCAGUCACACCUUCACCUCUUGAUAUCAAACCUAUCUAUGAGGCUGAAAGUCCGGAUGAGCUGGCCCUGGUGGAUGCUGCCUACAAGUAUGGGUUUCGCCUUCUAAGAAGGUCAUUGCACAAUAUUCUGGUGUCUUUCCCAGGCUUUGGGCUGUGUGAAUAUGAAGUCCUCCAUGUGCUGCCAUUUGACUCAAACAGGAAGAGGAUGUCCAUUAUUGUGAGACAUCCACAAACUCUCCAAAAAAUUCUUUAUUGCAAAGGAGCUGAUUCUGCAAUCUUGGACAAUUUGUCUCGAGACGUAGAUGAACAGACCAAAAUGAGAGUUUUCCGCACUCAGCAACACCUCAACACUUACUCCAAGCGUGGGCUGAGAGUCCUUUGUAUGGCAAAACGUGUCCUGAGUGACUCCGAGUAUGAAACUUGGGUGGCAGGACACAAUGUAGCGGAGAAUUCCUUAGCCGGCCGGGAACACAAGUUGUAUGAAUCCUAUUGUAGAAUAGAAAAAAAUCUUAAUUUACUAGGUGCUACAGGAAUUGAAGACCGGCUGCAAGAUGGAGUGCCAGAGACCAUCGCAGCAUUACGAAGGGCUGGCAUAGUGGUGUGGGUCCUAACCGGGGACAAGCAAGAAACUGCUGUUAACAUUGCUUAUUCUUGUGCAUUGUUCCAGCCCAACAUGGAGAUAUUAAAAUUAAACGCAAGAACCAAGGACCAAACAGAGUGCACCAUCAACUUUUUCUUGCAACAAAUCAGGCAGCAGGAAGAGGCGAGGGAGCACGUUCAGGCCAAUGGAGAGUGUUUGCCUCCUGAAGGCCGGUUCUCUACGUCGUC